CCGCCACCGCACCGCACACACCGCCCCUGUCGGCGGCGAGAGACGGAGCUCCUGUGCCGCCAUCUCCGCGUGUGUUCGGCUUCCUUUUGCGAUUGCUAUCUCUGUCAGUCAAGGUGAAACUUUCUUGGCUGUUUACAGUGGUUAUCGCUUUGGUAUACAGAGAGGACAAUGUCCAACGUACCAGUGGCUGUGGUGACCGGGUCCAACAAAGGGAUCGGAUUUGCAAUUGUGCAGGCUUUAUGCAAGCAGUUCCCAGGGGAUGUCUACCUGACAGCCAGAGACCCCGGCCGUGGCCAGGAAGCAGUGGCAAAGCUCCAAAAAGAAGGGCUGCAUCCACUCUUCCAUCAACUGGAUAUUGAUGAUCUACAGAGCAUCAGAGCGCUUCGUGAUUUCCUGAAGGAGAAAUACGGAGGGCUGAACGUUCUGGUUAACAAUGCAGGGAUCGCUUUCAAAGUUCAUGACACGGCUCCAUUUGCAGUCCAAGCAGAGGUUACACUGAAAACAAACUUCUUUGCAACCAGGAAUAUUUGCACAGAAUUGUUGCCUCUUAUAAAGCCUUAUGGCAGAGUGGUGAAUGUCUCCAGUAUGGUAAGCAGAUCAGCUCUGGGACGCUGCAGCCAAGAACUACAGCAAAAGUUCCGCAGCGACACAAUCACUGAGGAUGAGUUAGUGGAACUCAUGACCAAAUUUGUGGAAGAUGCAAAAAAAAAUGUGCAUGAGAAAGAGGGUUGGCCAAACACUGCUUAUGGAGUAUCUAAAAUUGGUGUCACAGUCUUGUCCAGGAUUCAAGCCCGGAUGCUAAAUCGGGAAAGAAAAGGUGACCACAUCCUUCUCAAUGCUUGCUGUCCUGGGUGGGUGAGAACAGACAUGGCAGGUCCUCAAGCCACUAAAUCACCAGAAGAAGGGGCUGAGACCCCGGUUUAUUUGGCCCUUUUGCCUUCUGAUGUUGAUAGUCCUCAUGGCCAGUUUGUUAGUGACAAAACUGUUCAACCCUGGUAAGCUUAUGUAUGGAGACAUAUGCAAGAGCUAAUAAGCCUGUGCUCUUCUAGGGCAUUUAACUAGAGCCCUUUAUCAAUUAUGGUGGUACAUUUCUAGGAUUAAGGCAACAUUAGGGUACCCUCACCAACAGUCUCCAUUAACCUGUUCACAGCACUGACUGCAUAGCUCAAAAUCCUGUUUGUGGGUGUUCUAGAUCAGCAAAUGAUAUAUAUUAAUUUGGUGCCCUAAUAUAAAGGUGCCUAAUCUUGUUUACUUGAUUUUGCUUUUAACUGAAUCAUUGCCAGUCCUUUUCCCACACUCGAGAGGCAAAUCUCUGUCAUGGGAGUUGGGAUGAUGAACCAGGUGCCUUAUGAUUUCUCAGCACAAGAGAUCUUUCUAGGGACCACAGUUGCUUCUUAAGGUUGUACAGGACAUCUUAAAGGGAGAGGGGAUUAUGCUGAUAUCUGUAGUCUGACCAGUGUAUAGAGAGCCUGACAAGACCAGGACAGAGUCACUGCUGUAUAGAGAUUCUUUGACAUCAGAGUGUGAAAAUAACAGCAACAUACAAUUAAUAGAACUUGUUUGGCUUCAUGUGUAUCAAUAAAUGUUUACUGAUUUAUAGUCA